AUGGCGACGACCGAGCCCGUCCCCGCGGACGCCGCGCCCGCGACCGCGGAGGAGACCGUGACCGCCGCCGACUCCGCGCUCGCGCCCGCGGCGCGCGACGUCGACGCGACGUCGACCGCGACCGCGACCUCGAUCGGAGGCGUCGACGACCGCAGAUCCGUCCCCGCGCCCUCGUCGCCGUCCUACGACGACGGCCGCGGCGUCGCGUUCUUCGACCUCGACCACACCCUGAUCGACACGAACUCGUCGUGGCUGUGGAUGAAGCACGAGCUGAACAACGGCAAGGUGGGCGCGGGGAUGCUCGCGACGAGCGUGUACUGGUUCGCGCGCUACGCCAUGGGCUUCGGAUCCGGCGCGGAGCGCGCGGGCGCGGAAGCCGCGGAGCUCUACGCGGGCACGCCGGAGGAGAAGCUGAGGCGGGAGGUCGACGCGUUCUUCGAGAAGGAGCUCGCGCACCGCGCGCGCCCGGGCGGCAAGCCGAUCAUGGAGAAGCACAUCCGAGCGGGAGAGAGGUGCGUCGUGUGCACGUCGUCGUGGCAGCACCCGGCGGCGUCGGCGGCGCGGCUGUUCAACUGCGAGUCGGCCGUCGACGACGUCAUCUCCAGCGUGAUGGAGGUGGACGAGGCGGGGAACCUCACCGGGAAGAUCGCGAAGGUGUGCUACGGCGACGGGAAGUCCGUCGUGACCGAGGCGUGGUGCGCGCGGCGGGGGAUCGACCUCGCGAAGUGUUACUUUUACACCGACAGCAUGUCGGACGUGAGCUUGCUUGAAAAAGUCGGGCACCCGGUGGCGGUGAACCCGGAUCGACGGCUGCGCGCGCACGCGAAGAAGCGAGGGUGGGCGGUCAUGGACUGGGGCGUCGCGAAGCCGAAGGAUCCGAUGAAGAAGCCGAGGUACUCGUACGGGUGUUUAGCGUUCCACGGCGCCAAGUCGGGGCCGGGAUGA